AUGCAUCAACACUCGAAAACGGCAAAAACUAAGGCCAGAACCACCGGCCUACCCCCACCGCCGCCACCGCCGCCGCCUGAAAGUUUUCCAGAUUACCCAUAUCAGGAAUCUUGAAUCCUUGAUUUCACAUCUACCACAUUCUAAAUCAGAAAAUCGUCCGAAGUUUUGUUCUCAGUUAUUUGGGUGUCUUUUGUGGUGGCAUCAACGGCGUCGUGCAUAGAGGCUUCUCAGUCAGGUGCACCUUCUGUAUCGCAGUAGCCGGAAUCUUGCAGACAGCCGGAGGAAAACAAAUAUAACGACCACGGCGCUAUUCCACAUAAUCGUGGCUACAACGGGCUGCCGUAGCAGCAGGGGCCGAGUCACUGGUUUCCACCGGGUAUGCACCCAGAUGUGAUCAAGGCACUUGAGAUGGUGAAUAGAGACAGGAGUGGAUUCAUUGACGAGAGUGAGUUGCAGUAGGCCCUCUUCUUCUUGGUAUCAGAGGUUUAACAUCAGGACUAGCUAGUGUGAAUUUCUCAGAAUAGGAACAGAAGUUUUCAUACCUUCUAACAAGAAGAAGAAAAUAAUGUUGAAGUUAUGCGGAGUGGGAAAAUUGAUUCAAUGGAACUGACUACUGAGGGAUAUGCAAUUCCGCCUUCUGUCCUUUAACUUCUCAUUUCCAAAUGUGGGAUGAUUGUGAAGGGCUUGACUGAGAAAUUUAAGGAGAAUGGAUACACAAUACACUGGUUCAGCAACACUUUCUUACAACACAUUCACGGCCAUGGUCAUUCCAUUCCCUGUAUCACACGACUGAGUUUUGCAAGGUAAUUUCUGCAUGAGAUAUUUGGUUCUUGGAAUUGAUUUAAGCUAGAAUUUUUCUGUUGAGCAAUGACAUGUCUCAAUAAUCUCUAAAUGUACAUUCAAAGAGCCUCCCAUAGUGUUUCUGAAUAAUACUACUGUUUUCUGAGUUUUGACGAUAUCUUCCCUAAAUGCUUACAAAUUGAUGGAAAAACAAAAAUUGAUUUAUCAAAAGAAGAAAAGAAAAAAGGAAUAAUAGAGGAAGAACAAUAGAAAUACUCUAAAUUUAGGCUAAAACAAUAUAAGUACUUGCAACUGGAUGAGGAGAUGGCCCCCUCGUGGUCCCUGUUUUGCGGUCCAGUAUAGUCUGGACUGCAAAAUAUGGGACUCAAGUACUUAUUAUGCUAUAUAAUACUAAAAAUCAGCUAGUUGUGGCUACACCAAUAAUCAACAACUCUUGAGCCUAAUUCAAACUUGAAGUCUUGAACAGUGAAGCCCUGCAAAAUCUUCAUCAACUUCUCUUUUAUUAGGUUCUUGCUAAAGAAUCAGUAUAUUCCUUCUAGUGCUUAGAGUAUUUAAUAUAUAUAUUUUUUUACUUUAAACUUCAGACCUGAUAUCUUAGUGGUGAAUUGUCUUGAGGAUUGAUAUUGUACAUGAUUAUCUUCCAAAGUAGAGAAAAGAAAUUGCUCAUCUUCUGAAAUUAGCCCUUUGACAUGCAACCUUCCUAGAUAUAAAUUAAAGCAUCCCUGAAAUUGUCUUCCUGCAUAAACAUGUAGCAAUUAAUCAAUAACUUGACUGAAAAAGCAGAUAAUAGACCCACCCCAGAUCAAACCUUCCAAUCUCAUACAAGCUAAACCCAUCUAGUCAAUAAAUUGAGUGCUCUUUUCUUUGGCCAGGAAAAUAGAUAGGUUGGUCGAAU